AUGGAGGGCGGCAGCAACAGCGAACAACCGAAGAAGAAGAAGAGAGUAAGCAAAGACGACGUGAUUGUCAAGUUGAAGGACGACGGCGACUUCGACAAUCUCCGGCUAAAGAUCAUCCGGAAGCUCAAAGCCGAUGAGGAAUUCCGCAGUGGCAUUAUUUCCAUUGUGAGGAAGUCAGCUGUUCUAAAUGGUGAUGGCGGUUCAAAUAUGAAGCCAAGACAGCUUUCUGAUGCCAUUUUUGAUGAGGUUGGGAAUACAAUGAUGACUAUGGUUUCAGAUAGCCUGUGGGGAAUAAUCAAAUCAGACGACAUGAGCAAUGAAAUUACCGAGACGGUACAGUCCGUGUAUGAUAAAUUGUCAGAGCCUGAAAAGAAGAUAGAAGCCACAUUUGGUUCUCAUGAUGAAGGGUCUGUCCGAAAUGAAGCUAGUAUCAUGAAUGCAAAGCCUUGUGCUGUGGGUGAUGACUUUCCUGGUGAUGAGUCUAAUGAACCCUCAGGUUUCCUUCUGCCAAUAAAUCAUCAAAACAAUGGUAAGAUACUUGAGGAUUCAUCACCAUCGAUGUCUAGCGAAAGGCCUGUAGAAGUGGGAAAUGGACGUCCCAACCAUUCAGAGAAUUCCCUCGGGGUACAUGAUGUUGAUAUGAGCAUUCUAACUGGCUUUUCUGUGGAGAGAGAGUUGAAUCAACCAUGCGAUGAUAGCGACGAGGAUCCUGACGUGCCUCCUGGUUUUGGUUGA